AUGAAGUUACGAAUCUAUUCAGAUCUGCACAACGAGUUCGCUUUGUUCGAGCCCGCCCUGAGCGAAGCGGACGUAGUGAUUCUCGCCGGGGACAUCGAUAUUAAAUCACGCGGCGUGGCUUGGGCGAACGAGACAUUCCAAUGCCCUGUCAUCUAUGUGUGCGGAAAUCAUGAGUACUACGGCGGCCACACCGAGCGCACGCUCCGCAAAAUGAAAGAUGCGGCAACUCCUCAUGUCCACGUUCUCGAAAACGAAGCCUUGAUCCUUAACCAAACUAGGUUUUUGGCCACUACAGCGUGGACAGAUUACUCGUCGACCGGAGAUGUCGUUGCCGCGAAACGCGUCGCCUGGGAAUGGAUGAACGACUACACCGUCAUCAGAACUGAUGAGAGUUACCGUCGCCUCCGUCCAGAUGACUUGAUCGUUAAAUCCAAAGCAGCCUAUGCCUGGCUCACACAGGAAUUGGAUAAGCCAUUCGAUGGCAAAACAGUUGUAGUUACUCACCAUGCGCCGGUAUUGGAUUACGUGGGUGAUGAUCUUCCCGCACACCUGAUCGCAGCCUACGCCAACGAUUGGCCGGAACUCGUGUCCAAGGCCGACCUUUGGGUUUAUGGACAUACCCAUGUCGCAGCGGAUUUCAUAAAGCGUGGAUGCCGAGUCGUUUCAAAUCCUCGCGGCUACCCAAAUCAACUAACUGGUUUCGAUCCGGAUUUUUUGAUCGAGCUU